AUGGAUCUCGUCAACCACCUCACCGACCGUCUCUUGUUCGCCGUUCCCAAGACAUGUAUCGAGCUUCUCCACGGCUCCGACAUUCAGUUCCACAGACACUCUCGUCUCGAUAUCGCCCUCGUCAAGAACUUCCCCAUCGCUCUCGUCUUCCUGCCCGCUUCUGAUAUCCCUACCUUCGUCUCUGAGGGCCGCUGUGAUCUUGGUAUCACUGGCCGCGACCAGGUCGCAGAGUACGAGGUCACCGAGCCCCCAACCGAAUCUACUGGUGUCGAAGAGGUCCUUGACCUUGACUUUGGCCGCUGCAAGCUUCAGAUCCAGGUCCCUGAGAAGGGUCAAUUUGAGGAUGCAAAGUCAUUGGUCGGAAAGAGCAUUUGCACCAGUUUCACCAACCUUGCCGAGGUCUACUUCAGAGAGCUCGAGGGCAAGAAGGCAGGAGAGAAGCUCGACACCCACAUCAAGUACGUUGGUGGCAGUGUAGAGGCCGCUUGCGCGCUGGGCGUUGCAGACGGCAUUGUCGAUCNNUUGUUGACCAUGCGCGCAGCAGGCCUCAAGGCCAUCUCGACCGUUCUCGAGACCACCGCCAUCUUGAUCCGCUCCAAGAGCCCAACCAACCCCGAUCUGAUGCUAACAUUGUUCGACAGCCNNGCCCAAAAAUACGUCCUCUGCACAUACAACGUCGAGCGCAGCAAACUCGACAAGGCCGCCAAGAUUACUCCUGGCAAGCGAGCACCUACUGUCAACAGCCUGGAAGAGAGCGGCUGGGUCGCUGUUUCGGCCAUGGUUGAGCGCAAGAACGUUUCCAACGCCAUGGACGAGUUGACUGCCAUCGGUGCCACCGACAUUCUCGUCACCAAGAUUGAGAACUCGAGAACCAUCUAG